AUGCCACGUAAGAGGCGCUCCUCCAGUCCCCUAGAACUCUACGAUGAUGAUUUCGAUGAGGAUGCCAGCUCUCAUAGUUCCCAGCCCCCGGUUCAAAGAAAUGCUGCAAAUGCGCGCGAACGUAUGCGUAUGCGAGUCCUAUCCAGCGCCUAUGGGCGUCUAAAAACCAAAUUACCCAACAUUCCACCCGACACAAAACUGUCCAAAUUGGAUACGUUGCGUUUGGCCACUCUGUACAUUAAACAGCUAAUUACUGCUGUUGAGAAUGGCAGCGGUGUCAACGCUGGCACCGAAAAUCUGGACACAAGCCACUUGCCCCACUGUGGAAGCGGCGGUGGUAGUCUUGGCGGCGCUGGAGGAUCUGGCAUCGGUGCUUUUAAUUUCCAUAAUGGUGGACACAGCGGCAUGAGCUGGCCCUUUGAAUUUCAUCAGCACUUACAGCACGGUAACCGAACUUUGGGCCUUACAUCAACGCGCAGAGAUUGGACACACAUGGAACAAUCACAAACCUAUAACAAAAUUCCACACAGCGACUCCAACAUGGUGACGGGGAUAAGCUAUACAUCUAUGCAGGAUGCACAUGCCCAUUGGUAUCCAUCGGAACUGGCGCAACUAGACCAUUCGCAGUCGCAUGUGUCUAAUGGUUGUGCCUAUGGAGCGUUCAACCAACAGCAGAGCAGAAUCGCGAACAGUCAGACGCAUGGAUUAUAA